UCACUGCAAAAUGGUUGACGUGCCUUUGACCGUGUCGUACGGUGGGAUGGCGAUGCGAGACUCCGUUUUGUCGUAUUGCUGAAAAACAAGCUAGCUGCAUUGUUCGCGACAACGCUCGUGAUGCAACAAUAAAUGGCUGUUCCGGGAUAAUUGCAUUUUUGUUUUGUGCGAAGUCUUUGGGAAGAGUGAAAACCGCCGUGAAGUGCGUGCUGUUGAUAUUGAAGACUGUUUAGAAAACACUCGGAGAAGCGAUGGAAAAGCGGCAAGAGGUGCUCGCUCCGUUUUCUUCCGACGAAUGUCCGAAUAGCGGCGAAGACAGCGAGGAAGAUGUAAUAACCGAUUACCUUGGCUCGUCGCACUCCGAAUGCGAUCGUGUGUUGCCUAUUAUUAAUGGGGAUCUGCGCGGCCUGAAUCUGCACGGCGCCAUAGUUGUCACGGACACCGGCUACAACACCAAAGACAAUACCGACAAAACUUCAAUUACCAUGUCCGUGGGCGGUGACGAACAUCAUCAUCGACAGCAGCAACAACACCAGCAACACUCGUUGCUCACGCUCGGCACGACCGUACAAACCCAGCCUAAUCCUCUGCCCAUCAUUAGCAUCACACCGCAUUCGCCUGGUGUGACCAAGAAUUAUCCUGUUUUAGAGGAAAACUUGCAGCAAUUGCAUGAAAUCCAUGACUGCAUCCAACGUAUGCGAGACUUGACGUUGGGCACUCUGGGAUUCCACAAUCGCGCUUCCAAUAACGAAGCUCUGCAGAGAUUGACUUCCUCAUGCCCGUCUCUGUGCCCGUUGGCGGAAGGCGAUCUCGCGUCUCGUCCCGGCAAUCACGACACAGGCUCUGAUCCGGAUCUCAUCCUCGCCACUUGUUCUACCAACAGUUCCCCGACGCAUCUUCCGUCGGCAAGCCACGCGCAACAAUUAGCGCAGGGUAUAGACAGAAGACGCAGCUGGACCGGAGAUAUAGAGGAUCUGGAGAGCAAUCGGCGCGGUCGUCGACGAUUCUCCGGGCAGAAUCAUCUGCUCCAGGCCCAAAACAUGCGACAACGCAGCAUUAGUUUAAGUAGCUUAGACAGCGAGAACGAGCUAGAAUUAGAUGGGAAACCGUGUACCGGAUCUGUAAGCAAUCGCGCAUGCAGGUCGCAAACGAGCACACAUUCGCUAAACGAAGCUGAUCUUGUACAGAGCGAAUAUCAGAAGAUAGUUCCAAAGAGGAGUAGUCAGAGAUUAGCAGAAAGUAGCAGUUUAAUGCCGGGAUUGACUGGUUCGCGUUUACCUCUUCAAAAGUCCGUAUCGACGCCUUCAAUUGUUACACCGCAGGUUGCGCAUUUAGCUGAGACCGGGACCCGAACGACCCCGUCACUUGCAGCCCGUCUUGAAAGAAACGAAAAGGGUAGUGGGAGUGAAACAGAAACCGAAGAUCUUCAUACGACACACAGUCACGAGUUCCACGAGGACCGAGAGGGCACGCCGAGUGUUCAGAUAUCCCUUGACGAACUUUUAACUGAUGGUACUGCAUAUGACGAUCAGCACUCCGAGAAGACUAGAAGAAAGCGCGGUUCUAUUUUCUUCCGUAAGAAAAAGGAUAAAAGUGGAAAAAAAUCUAGUCAUCAGCAACAUCUGUGGGUAACGAUUGCGGUAGGGGUUCAGGGAAACUUACUGUGUGAUGUGUGUAUGAAACAGUUGACAAACAAAUCGUUUCUUCAUUGCGACAAUUGUGGAACGUCGGUUCAUCAAAGUCAGUGCUGUAAGGAUCAGUUGGUGCCGGAAUGCAUCAAGUCCAAACAUCACUCCGGUAAAUCAGCGACAAAAUCCUCAUCUAAUAUCUCUACAAUUUCGAGCAACAGCAGCGCCAACAAACGUGGCUCUACAACGUCGUUACCUCUUCCGGCAUCGUCCGGAAGUGGAAGGGAAAUUAACAGCUACAAGAAAACCGUGUCAAGCUACAGCCCUUGGCGGCGAGUCGCCACUAAACUUGGAGUCAAUCAAACAAUAACCGAAGAGAGAGAUGCCGAGGGAGGGCAGCAUCGUGACCUUCCUAGCGGGGAAGAAUUUGACUUUAGUGACGAUCAUCAGUUCACCGUGGCGGAUCUCGACGAGAUAGAUCCCGAGUUGGCAUUGGGAAAAGAGGAACCUGAUUCCUGGAGUUCCGCGAUCGGACGUAACGUUGCGCUGCGUCUUGUCGAUCACUCCGAGCGGGAGGUGAAAAGACAAGAGCACAUAUACGAGUUUGUUCUUACGGAGAAGCACCACUGCCUGGUGCUUCUUGCCAUGGAGAAGAUCUUCGUGGAUGGAUUGCGACGACACUUCCGUCUAGCCCAGCCGGAUCUCGAGCGUAUGUUUCCCCGACUGAAAGAUUUGAUCGACAUUCACUUGCGAUUUCUUCAAAAGCUGCGAAAGCGGCAGAAUGUCAAUCACGUGAUUCCUUCGAUCGCCGACAUUUUGAUCGAGCAAUUUUCGUGCGACAACGCGCAACGCAUGAAAAGCGCGUACGGCGAAUUUUGCAGCCGCCACCGGGACGCUGUCGAAACGUACAAAUAUUAUUUGCGAGAUCCUCGUUUCGCUCGUUUCGUUAAACAUUGUCAGACGAAUCCUUUGUUGAAAAAGAAGGGUAUACCGGAGUGUAUACUCUUCGUUACUCAACGUUUAACGAAGUAUCCAUUGCUGAUCGAGCCGCUCAUAAAAACCGGCAGUAAGCAAGACGAGAGUGAAGACUUACGUAAAGCACUGGGUCUUGUUAAAGAGAUCUUAGCCGAUGUAGACACUUGCGUAGCCGACAAAGAACGAGAAGACAGAAAGUUAGAAAUAUACAAUAAGAUCGACGCAAAGUCUUUCGCGACAUAUCGUGGUGCCAAAUUCAAAAAGUCAGACAUAAUCAACAGAGUGUUGAAGUUCGAAGGCACCGCAUACUUAAUGCAAGGUCGUAGCAAAAUGACUGCCAUUGUAGUGGUUGUUCUCUCGGACAUAUUAUUUUUCUUGGCCGAGAGGGAUCAGAAAUAUGCGUUCUUCGUGCCUGACAAUAAAGCCGGUAUAGUAUCGCUGCAGAAACUGCUGGUGCGCGAGAAAGCCCGUCAGGAAUCCAGCAUUUAUUUGAUAAGCAGCAAUCCAGCCGAACCGGAAAUGUUUGAGUUGAAGAUUCAAAGGCCAAAGGACAAACAGUUGUGGAUACAGGCUAUUCGAUCGGCGGUCGAAGCUUGUCCGCAGGAUCCGGAAAACGAGACCGACGCGUCAAAUGAAAACAGCAACGAAUUACGAGACACUAACUCCUCUUCGAUUUCGUUGGUCUCUGUUGAAGAAAAACAGCGCAUCGUCAAGGCUAAGGAGACACACAUACUUAGGCUCGUCGACGAAUUGCGAAAGAAAGACGCCGAACAAGCGUUGCUCUUUGAAGAAAAGAUCAACUUGCAAAUGCGUCUCCUACAAGCUGCAAAUAUUUGGAAUGGGAACGAGAGCGAUAACGAGAGACUUGAGAAACUUGAGAAAGAAGGUGCUGAUUAUACGCGAUUCGUACAUAACGAAGGAGAUGACACCACUCACAUAUGGCACGAGGUGUUCGUGGCCGUGCAAGAAGCAACGCGUCUCAUUAGCUCAUUGUCGGUUAGCGCGGGCGGCGCUACCUUGUCAAGAAGCUUGAGUUCCGCUGGCGAACGUCACACUGAAGCUUAUGUUCCGCCGUCUCUUUGCGUUCCUCGAAGAGCAGAAACGUUUGCCGGUUUCGAUCACAAUAAGGAGAGACACCCGUUUCGCGAUUCUAACGUGUUGCACGCUAUGUUUCCAAAACUCGAAUUGCCCAAAGAAAUUAUCGAGGAAAAAAAUUGCCAAGAAUUGGACAAGAAUCAUCAGGAGACAGCGCUACGAUUGUCCAAUCAUAUAUAUACGUUGCUCUGUAUAAUAAGUAGUCAGAUGACGACAAUCGAUAGCCUAUACGCGCAACUGACCGCGUGUAAGGAGGGCAAUACGAGCAGCAAGUCCUCCGGCACCCGACCGAAUACAAAUCGUCAGCUGGAGGAGCUGCGAAAUUUGCAAGAUCAACUUUGCCGGGAGAAGGCGGCGUUUCGUGCCGCAUCCCAACAAGAGAGAGCUCAAUUGGAGGAGGAACGAGCUCAACUGGCGCGCCAAAGGGAGCAAUUAGCUGCGGAACAACGGGAUGUAACGCAACAACGUGAUCAGUUGUACCGACGACUCGAGGCGUUAGAGCGACAAGGUGUCACAUUGGUCGGAAGCUCAACGACCGGCUCAACAACAAUUCACUUGUCUCAUAUAACGCAGAAUACUGAUACGAUGCAGCAAACCGCGCGCAACAAGACGCAACCACCUGACGUCAAGCGUAUUCCUUUGAACUUGAUCAGCGCGACGAAUCAGCAGAAAGUGCAGAGUAAUUUGCCGGUCAAGCAACAGCUGCCGCUAAAACUUGCUAGCGGGAGUAACAACAACACAAGAAGUGGUAGCGCUACAAGCAAUAAUAGUCCGGAUCGACACUCCAGAACAGGAAGCAGUCCGGCCAUUGUUACCGGGUCUGCGUACUCGUCACCGGAACUCGGGAACAGUCAUCAUCUCGGAACCGGCGGCAGCAAUCACACGCACUCUUCGAAUCGCUCGCUACGCAUCGCUCGUUCUCCUCCCGAUAUCUCGUAUACGCAGCAGCAGCAGCAACAGCAGCAGCAGCAGCAGCAGCAACAGCAACAGCAACAACGAAACGUGGAUUCGCAGCCACAGCAGCAGCAGCAACCGUUGGAGGAAGAGGUGAUUUUUUUCUGACGAAUCUUUCGAUUCGGUCGUAAGCACUCGUCGCGAUCGCGCGCGACUCCUACCGGCACGGCUACACCGUCUCCCACGCCAGCGCCAUCACCGCGCAAUCAACCGAAAAACAGCCAGCAGUCUCGCAAUCGCGUCAAAUCGUUUUGACUUUCGACGCGUUAAAUCUGUCGCGUUUAUAUGCAAUCUACAUUUUCAUUUGUCGCUCCGAGAACACAAUUUUCUCCUUACGUCCCGUAUCAUAAUCUUCUAUCAUUUUAUACAUAUCUUCCCUUUUUUUUUUUACCGUAUUGCUCAUACGCUCUUUUAUUGCAUUUAUUUUUCACUAUCGACUGUUUUAUACUUAUUGUUAGUGAGUUUAUUUCCUAAGACGAGAGAUCAUUUUUGACUCAAUGUAAUAAUGUUGCUCCCGACGCGUUUACAUCGUGACGAUACUAUACAUAUAGUUAAUAAGCGCGAGUAGGUUGGUAUCCUCCCGUAGUUAAAAAAAAGAAAAAAAAUAUAUAUAUUCAAAUUACAUUUUGAUUGCUCCAUGAUGCAAUAAGUAUUAUUAUGCCGAAUCUGACAAUUCUCUCUCAAAUUAACUUUGACGAGGAAAAUAUAUAUUCAGAAUGAAAUAUAAUUUCUAUGAAAAAUGAUUAAAAAAAAAAAAAGAGAUCAGGAAGAAAAAAAGAGAAGAAGAAAGUUAUUACUAGAGAGAAGCUUGAGGAGCAGCGGCCAUUGUAGUUUUUUACGACGUUUCUCGACUGCCGUUUUCAUCUACAAAAGUGGAUGUGGGAAUCUGCGGAGCAACUUCUAUUUCCAAGCGUAAACGGCGCAAUUGUGUAAUCCGGUUUGAGUCCACAUUGCAUUUUCAAGCGUAUACAUACGUAAAUGUAUGUCAUUCGAUUUGAAUCCGUGCUACAUCUCUGCUUCUAUAAUAUCGAUAAGUAGCCACUCUCGGAUUGCUGUAAAUCUGCCAACACAAUUACAUUACUGAAACACAGUUUAACUUUUUCUACGACGGGAACUUAACCGCGGAGCUUUACGGACAGAUCUGCCGGCGAAAUGCGAAUUAACGAUAUUAGUAAAAAAAAAAAAAAAAAAAAUUGUAAAAACAUGUAACAAACAUUCCCGUACUGUAUCAAUGUUGCGUGUGGCUUUCGAUGCGAGAUUGAAAAGAAGGGAGCCGAUAUAGUGGUUAUUCGUUCUAAAACGUCGCGUUUAGCAGGAAGCCCCUAUAGUAGCGAUUCGUUCAAAAAAAAAUCACCUGGCGAGAAGCUACUACGACCUGGCGUGUAAGGCUUUGUAGGGUUGAACACUUUUUUGUCACAUUUGAAUCUUAAAGCUGGCAACCUAUUUUUUGUAUUUCACAGCAAUUUCAAGAUUCUGACAGUUCUGCGCAAUAGUUCAUGAUAGUUCCCGUUUUAGAACGACGUUUGAUCUUGGACCAGUUUUUUUCGUUUAAUCUUAAAAGCCCGGAAUCGUUUGAUCAAGACUAUAACAUCAACACACGUUUGACACUCGAUGCUAUUGUAUAUCCUGAUCUUCUCUGACAGUUUAAUUCGCAACUGCAGUUUUUUUAGAAUCGUUUGUGCAAUAUUAUUGUGAAGCGUAAUCUCCUUCGAGUUUAUAAUUUUUCAUUCCGAUUCUUUAUUAUUUUUUGUCGCUCUGUUGUAUAUUGAUUAGCGAUUAAUAUGUAAAUUUUCGUCAUCAUUACUCAUGAAUACGUUAAACAGAUUGGCUGGAAUAUCUAAAAAUCUAAAUAAAAAUCGAAACGUUCCAUUAAAUCUUGAUACAAAUUUAUUUUACUACCAUCAAUGGAUCCGGGCUUUCAAGAGGUCAAACAAAUUCUUCAGUUUUUUUUUUUUUUUUUUUUUUUUUUAGAGAUCU